AUCAACGAGCGUCGUGUAGUGCAGACGAUUUAAAGCCAAACAAACUCGUUUACAGUGUUUCAUGCACUUUUGUUAACUAAUUUCGUGUAUCGAUAGCACAUUUCGACAAUUUUGCGAAAUAUUCACCUUAAUUUUAUAAAGAAAAUAUUCAAUAAAGAAAAUGAAAAGCGCCAUAUUUGUUUUUGUAUUUUGCGCUGCUACAGUGAUCACACAUACCUCUACAGAGGUAGUAUAUCCAGAACCAAUUCUAUUGGAAAAGGAGAAGUCAAACGCGGCAGGGCGCAUUCCGCACUACUCUCCAUCCCGCUGUAAGUCUAAUGAGCUGCUUUACCCGGGCGAUCAUGCUGAUGACUGGAUUUGCGACUGUGCACCAGGUGCAUUAUACUAUCCCGACUCGGAUUCCUGUCAUCCCGCCUUCCGGCGUGGUCCUUGUGAAGCCGAGCACAUGCUUAUUUUGGCACACAAUGCAGUUUUACCCCAAUGCAUAAAGAAUGAUUGUAAAGUAGAUGGUUUGGUGAAAAUUAAUAAUGUCUGCUAUCAGAUUGGCGGUUCUGCGCCAUGUCCAAAUGCUCAAUUGUCGUACGUGCUAGGUGUAAAUACCUCGACAUUGAUGUUGGAUUGCAUAAAGUUGUCGAUUUCUGUGAAGACGCGCGUAAGCUUACUGGAUGAUGAUGAACCGGAUUAUGACCUGAGCAAAGUUGAUUUGUGUGCGCGUGGCUCGCAACGAUCGAUAGAAGGCACUUGUACGCCCAGCGYUAAAACAGAGUGAAAUCCUGAUAGAAUGCCACGAAUUUACAAUAAUAAAAAGUAGUGUAUUUUUUUAUAUACUCUUCACACAAUAAUAGUUUAUAGUUACUUCAUGUGUACAAAAUUUGACCUUUUCUUUAAAACUGAACUAAACAAUAAUAUUAAUUCAA